UUUAAUCAAACUCUGAUAAACAGUCUGAUUGUUACACUGCGGUCGGAUGAUCUUCACUCAGGCCCGGAUUAAUUGUGCGCGCGCACGGGUUUAACCGAGCUGCCUAGAACAGUGAAACUUCUCAACAGCCACCUUGUCACUUUUAAGCUGGUCUUUACUAGAAACACAUCUACAAUGUCAUUUAUAUUUGACUGGAUCUACAGAGGCUUUAGUGGAAUCCUGCAGUUUUUAGGUUUGUAUAAGAAGUCCGGUAAGCUGGUGUUUCUUGGUUUAGACAACGCUGGAAAAACGACUCUACUGCACAUGCUGAAAGAUGAUCGAUUAGGACAACAUGUGCCUACUUUACAUCCCACAUCAGAGGAGUUGACCAUUGCUGGAAUGACCUUCACUACAUUUGAUCUGGGUGGUCAUGUACAAGCACGGAGGGUGUGGAAGAAUUAUCUACCUGCCGUCAACGGCAUCGUCUUUCUCGUUGAUUGUGCCGAUCACGAGCGCCUCGCAGAAUCAAAGGUGGAGCUUGACGCUUUACUCUCAGAUGAGACGAUCUCAAGUGUGCCGGUCCUGGUGUUGGGAAACAAGAUCGACCGACCAGAAGCUGUGAGUGAGACGAGUCUACGAGAGAUUUUCUGUCUGGAUGGACAAACCACAGGGAAGGGUAACGUCUCUUUGAAGGAGUUGAACGUACGGCCGCUGGAGGUCUUCAUGUGCAGCGUGCUGAAGAAACAGGGUUAUGGAGAAGGUUUCAGAUGGCUUUCACAGUACAUUGACUGAUUUUCUUGAGACAAUCUGCCCUGAUUUCAUUUCUGCUCUUGGUGAUUAUCAGCUCAUAUAAAGCAAUUAAUUGAUUUUACCCAUCAGUCAGUUCUUUUGUUAACCUCCUAUAAAGUUAAUUCAAGUCAUUUUACUUUGACCAGUGGUUAAAAUAUUCAGCAUUUAAAAGUGCAUGUUGGUUAAGAGAUGACAUAAUUUGACGGGUUAUUUUUAAAUGCUAAAAAUAUAAUCCAUAGUUGAAUAUCAUUACUUCAGCAUUUAUUAAUCUUCAUACUGUAAGAAUGAUGGACGCUUUUCAUUAUAUUAUCUGACAAACUCAUGAGUGUUUUUAAAUCCAAUCCUAACAUGCUGAAAUAGUCAGUGUGUGUUGUAAUUUACUUGGUACAAUAUCAGUUAUCAGUUGUAGAUAAUGUUCAUAUGAUCAGAUGUUUAGUGAUUGUCAUCAUCAUAGAGAUGUUUUUGUGCUGUAGAUGUUUUUGAUGAUCAGACGAGAGUCUGAUGAGAGAUCACCUACAGCACACACAUGCGUUCAUGUCAUUGUAAUAUACAACAGAUUUUUCCAGAUGUGUAAAUAUUGUGUACAAAUGAAGUAUAAAUGUGUUGUAUUGUUUAUAGCCUUGAAUUAAAUGUACAGGUAUCUGCCAUGUGAAAACAUCUAUAAAGAUUUUGAGGAAUGUGCACAUGCCAUGAUAUUUAUAUCUCAAUCUAGUCCAGUUUCAGACUUAAAACAAACAAUAAAUGAAUUCAUCAGAAAUAAAUGGCAAUCAGAAUGA